CAGGCCGGACUUAAGUUGGGCCUCGGCUUUUCUCUUCUCGGUUAGCUUUCCCGCUUUGCCCUAACCCCUUCCUGUCCCAUACUCCCAUGUCAGCCGUCGCUGCGUAGACAACCACCGGAGCCGCACCGUUCUCUCUCUGAAGCGGAGAAGCGGAGAGAGAGAGCUAGACUCGGAUUCGCACUUCAAGUACCUUAAUUAGAAAAAUAUUCGAUAACUCGUUAAACCAUGUCCGCGAAAUGGCGCGCAAUACAGCAUCGCCACCGGUUCACCUACAACGCCGUCGUUUUUCCACCGUCUUUCACUCAGUCUCUAUCUGAAGUAUCACCUCAUCCAAACGCCUCUCGUUUCUAUACAGAACUCAAAACUCUCAUCUCUCUCACCUCUAUUUACGCCCAAGUCAACCAUGCCAGGAUCCUAGCCUCCUCUUUUAGCGAGUUUCUGUCGAAGGAAAACGAUGACGUAUCAGUCUCUCAUGCUGUACGGUUCUACUUGGAGGUUCUGCUUCUCCAAAAUUCAUUGCCUCUGCAUAAGAUACUGGUUUCUGGUUUGUCGAAGAAUAGAAACUUUCACUCAGUAAUCCGCGCAUGCUUUCGAACGCUUUGUGAGGAGUACGGUGCUGCUAGAGGGAAUGGAAGGCGGUUCAGGGUAUCGCGUGUGGCUCUGUCCGUUAUGGGGAUGCCGAAGCUAGGGUAUUUAGUGGAGGUUGUUGAGGAUUGUGCGGUUUCGGUGGCGAGGGAUGCUGUUUCAGGAUUGGAUGGUGUCGUUUCCGAGACUAAUGGGUGGAACCGCCCUUCACCGAUCGUUUUAGAGCAGUGCCAGGAGGCUUUGUCGUGUUUGUAUUACUUGCUCCAAAGAUUUCCGACGAAGUUCAAGGAUUUAAGUGGAGAAGACUCGUAUGUACUGGAGAUGAAUUUUAAGGUUGUGAUAAGUAUAUUGAAAUCGACAGCUUUUUCACGGGAUUGUUUUGUGGCUGCUGGUGUGUGCUUGUGUGCUGCCCUGCAAGUUUGUCUUAAUGCAGAAGAGCUUGCUUUGGUCAUAAUGGAAGGUCUAUUUUAUCAAACUACUUGUAGUGAUAGCAAAGGUGAGUUUGAGGUUGCUUUGUUGAAAAUUCCUUUUAAAGGGGAUUUUUGUUUGGAAAUACGUGACUUUACUAAGUUGAAUAGACUUUGCUUGAUUAGAGGGGUACUUACCGCUGUUUCAAGAACAGUUCUGAACACCCAUUUUGUUGUAUCAAGAGAUUGUUGUAACCAUUAUGGUAUUGAUGGAAGUUGUGGUUCUGUUAAGACUAUAUUGUACGAUGGGAUUUUGCCUGCUCUGUGUAGCUACUGUGAGAAUCCCAUUGAUAGCCAUUUUAAUUUUCAUGCAUUAACUGUAAUGCAGAUCUGCUUGCAACAAAUAAAAACGUCAAGGUUAGGUCAUCCUACAAAUUCAGAUUAUGAUGAUUCGAUCCCCGAGGACAUGGGUACUAGAAUAUUGAAAAUUAUAUGGAACAACUUGGAAGAUCCGCUAAGUCAAACAGUGAAACAGGUUCAUCUCAUUUUUGAUCUUUUCUUAGACAUUCAAUCUAGUCUCCAGUGGGCUGAGGGUAAUGAGCAGUUGAAAACAUUUUUGCGGCAGAUAGCUUCUGAUCUUCUACAUCUAGGGCCGCGUUGUAAGGGAAGAUAUGUUCCCCUAGCUUCUCUCACCAAGAGGUUAGGGGCGAAGACUAUAAUGGAUAUGAAUCCAGACUUGCUUUAUGAGACAGUACAGGCUUAUGCAGAUGAUGAUGUGUGCUGUGCUGCUACAUCGUUCUUGAAGUGCUUUCUUGAGUGCUUGCGUGGUGAGUAUUGGAAUAGUGAUGGUAUUGAGAGUGGGUAUACACGAUUCAGAGGGCAUUGCCUCCCCCCCAUUCUGCUUGGGCUCGCUUCUGGAGUUUCAAAGCUACGUUCAAAUUUGAAUAUUUAUGCUUUGCCUGUAUUAUUAGAAGUGGAUGUUGAUGGUAUAUUUCCUAUGCUUGCUUUCAUCUCGGUCGGGCCAAGUGGGGAAGAGAAUGGAUUGUUAUAUCCUGAGCUUGGUUGUGCAAACAUGGAUUUGAGUGUUGAACAGCAAGUAGCUGUUUUUGUCUCAUUGCUUAAGGUAUCUCGCUCCCUUGCUUUGAUCGAAGGGGACCUUGAUUUGUGCAAGGAUUCUACAGUACUUCUUAAUAAGGAUCUUCCAGAAAAGGGGCACAUUAAUGUCCAUGCUCUUGUGUGGGUAAAGGGGGUAAGGAUUAAGGUCCUUGUUGAGUGGCUAGAAUUGGCACUGACCCAUGUUGAUGAGUCAGUUCGUGUAGAUGCUGCGGAAUCUAUUUUUUUAAACCCCAAAACAGCUAGUUUGCCUUCUCAUUUGGAACUCAGUCUGAUAAAAAAAGCUGUGCCUUUGAACAUGAGAUCUAGCUCAACAGGGUUUCAAAUGAAGUGGACCAGCUUGUUUAGAAAGUUCUUUUCGCGGGUUCGAGCAGCCUUGGAGAGACAAUUUAAGCAGGGAAUCUGGCAACCCCUUGUUCAUUGUGACAAUGAUGGAUUGUCUUUACAUAUGACAAAUGAAGAAAACAUUGACAGAGCCGAGUUCCUUUUUAAUUUUAUGCGGUGGAUGACUAGUUUCCUAUAUUUUUCAUGUUACCCUUCUGCUCCUUAUAAGAGAAAAAUAAUGGCUAUGGAGCUUAUUCUCAUAGUGCUUAGUGUUUGGUCUAUCAUACCUUCUUCUCAAGAAAAGCAUCAUUCAAACUCUUUGGAAGGUUGUCUCUCUCCAUACAGCAAGGGAAUAACUUCACCUGAUUCUACGUUGUUGUUAGUUGGAUCUAUAAUUGAUAGUUGGGACAGGCUAAGAGAGAGCUCCUUUCGCAUAUUGCUUCAUUUUCCUACUCCUCUUCCUGGCAUUGCAAGUGAGGAUAUGGUCCAAAAAGUAAUUGCAUGGGCUAAAAUACUAGUUUGUAGCCCACGAGUGAGAGAAAGCGAUGCUGGAGCCCUAACUUUACGACUUUUGUUUAGAAAGUAUGUCGUGGAGCUUGGGUGGACAGUUAGGGCUUCAGGUAAUGCUGUUUGCUUCCAUUCAGAGUCCAAACUAGUAAAUGCUGACUAUCAGAAUUGUGAAUCUAGUAGUUCUGUGAUGGAGUAUGUGAAAUCCCUGAUUGACUGGUUAAAUGCUGUUGUGGAGGAGGGAGAAAGGGAUCUUUCUCAAGCAUGCAGGAAUAGCUUUGUUCAUGGCGUAUUACUUACACUGCGGUAUACAUUUGAGGAAUUGGAUUGGAAUUCUAACGCCAUCUUGUCUAGCAUUUCAGAGAUGAGGCGUGCGCUAGAGAAGUUUUUGGAGCUAGUUAUGCGGAUUACAUCGUUGGCGCUUUGGGUAGUUUCUGCAGAUGCUUUGUAUCUGCCCGAGGACAUGGAUGAGAUGGUUGAAGAUGAUUCUUUCUUAUUGGAGGUUGCAGGUGAGGUGGAUUUGGCCACACCUUCGUCGGAACAGGAGAGCAAAAUUUCAACAAAUAUUAACGGUGCCCAGCCAUCACAGCAGAUUGUGAUGGUUGGUUGCUGGCUGGCUAUGAAAGAGGUGAGCCUUCUUCUGGGGACCAUUAUGAGGAAAAUUCCUUUACCAAGUGAUAGAUGUGAAGAUUCAUUGGAAUUGGGGUCCUUUUGUGAUGCCGAGGAUGCCUCAGUUAUGUCGGUGCCUGAUGCAGUUCUUGAUUUUAGACAACUUGGAAAAAUUGGUAACCACUUCUUGGAAGUCCUUCUGAAGAUGAAACAUAAUGGUGCGAUCGACAAGACAAGAGCUGGAUUUACAGCACUUUGCAAUCGUUUACUUUGUUCAAAUGACCCAAGACUUUGUAAGUUGACAGAAUCUUGGAUGGAGCAACUAAUGGAAAGAACUGUGGCCAAGGGACAAGUAGUAGAUGAUUUGUUAAGAAGAAGUGCAGGUAUUCCUGCUGCAUUCACUGCUCUAUUUCUCUCAGAGCCAGAAUGUUCUCCAAAGAAGCUCCUUCCACGGGCACUUAGGUGGCUAAUAGAUGUAGCUAGUAGCCGUCUACCGGAUCCAGUUGAAACUAACAGCGGAAAGAUUGACUUGUCUGGGUCUUUACUAAUGGAGUCAAUGCCAGAACCUGAGUCUUCAAUGUCACUCGAAGUGAAUCUGAUAUCAAAGACCCGGAAUGAGGGUGUGAUUCCAACUGUGCACUCAUUUAAUGUCCUUAGAGCUGUUUUCAAUGAUACUAAUCUGGCUACUGAUACAUCUGGGUUCUCUGCCGAGGCUCUGAUUGUUUCAAUUCGCUCUUUUUCUUCCCCAUAUUGGGAGGUCCGAAACAGUGCUUGCUUGGCAUACACUGCAUUGGUCCGCCGCAUGAUCGGAUUUCUAAAUGUUCAUAAACGAGAAUCUGCACGGCGUGCAUUAACUGGACUUGAAUUUUUUCACAGGUAUCCCUCAUUGCAUCCAUUUCUGUUCAAUGAACUGAAAGUUGCGACAGAGUUGCUAGGGGAUUCAUCCUCUCAAAGAGCACAAUCCAAUCUAGCAAAGGUUGUUCACCCUAGCUUAUGCCCUGUGCUGAUACUAUUAUCCCGACUCAAGCCUUCGCCAAUUGCAAGUCAAACUGGAGAUACCCUGGAUCCUUUCCUUUUCAUGCCUUUUAUUAAGAGUUGCUCAACCCAAAGCAAUUUACGGAUUCGUGUUCUUGCAUCUAGAGCUUUAACAUGUCUGGUAUCUAAUGAGAAACUGCCGAUCGUUCUUCGCAAUUUAGCCUCUGAAUUUCCUUGUUUUCAGAACCAAAUAACGGGUGCUUCUGUUUCCUCCUUUGAAUCACCCCCACGCAUUGGAACCUCCCACACAUCUUUUAACUUGGUUCAUGGAUUAUUAUUGCAAUUAUGCUCUCUUCUGGAUGUAAACUGUAGAAAUCUUGCUGACUCUGUCAAGAGAGAUCAGAUUCUUGGUGACUUGAUUCAAGUUCUUGGCAGCUGUUCAUGGAUUGCAAGACCCAGAUUGUGCCCCUGUCCCAUCCUCAAUACCUCUUUCUUGAGGAUGCUGGAUCACAUGCUCAGUAUUUCUAGAUCUAACCAUAAGAGCAAUAAUUUUAAUGUUAUACGGAUAUUGCUUUUGGAAUUAUCUUCUGAAUGCUUAGAGGUCGAAGGUUCUUAUGGGCUAUCAUAUUAUGAUCCAACAAUAGCAGAACUUCGUGAACAGGGUGCUAUCUCCUAUUUCAGUUGCAUCUUUCAAGCAUCUAAGGAAGUAUGUGAAGGGUUCCUUCAGAUUCCACUGAGGCCUAUACUGUCUGAUACAGGAGUGUCAAAGAUACCUGAAGAGGAAUUUACUUCUGAAGAACUUGAGGAAAGGCUGAUCUUUUGCUUAUCAGAUUCAUCAUAUGAGGUUCGAUUAGCAACACUCAAGUGGCUGCUUCGAUUCCUGAGGUCAACGGGAUGUGGUGAUGAGGUGUGGAGUCUUUGUGUCAGCAAGAUAAGGAUUAUUAAACGGUGGACCAGAACUAAUCUACAGGCAACUCUGAUGAAGCUUUUAGACUUGGAGAAGAAUCACAGAUGUCAAUGCUACAUUCUCAGAAUUCUUUUUACGUGGAACCAGCUGCAGUUUCAAAAUCAAACUGAUGAGAUGUGUACUGAAAUAAUUUAUGUUGGCACAAUGGAUUUCAAUGCAGUAUUUCAGUUUUGGGAUAAGUUGAUAUCUUUGUACAAGUGCACCAGACAUGCAAAGACUCGAGAGACACUCAUCUGCUGUAUGGCUAUUUGUGUAAAGCGAUACACCAGUACAUUUACUAGCUUCAUUCUUGCCAAUGGGGACAUGCAAAAAACAGUUAAAUAUAGCGAAUCUAAUGAAGCCGAAAGAUCUAGCCACUUGUUUGAAUGCAUUACUUUUUUUGUUAAUCUGAUUAAGGAGCACAGCUCGUCAUCUGAACCUGUAAGCAUGCGCCAGGCAGCAGCUGAAUCUAUUGUUGCCUCUGGGUUCCUGGAACAAGCUGAGCCAAUUGGUUCUUCUGUGUUCAAUGUCCAGAUCCAAUCUGAAAAUUUGCAUUCUGAUUAUAAGCCCCAGGUAGCUCUUAAUUUAUAUGCUCAUCAAGUACUGGAAAUAUGGUUCACAUGCAUCAAACUGUUGGAGGAUGAGGAUGAUGAAAUUAGACAAAGGCUUGCCAUGGAUUCGCAGAAGUGUUUUUCGUCCAAAAGAUCUGGAAGAAAUCACAUUAGAGACUCUCCAGCCCAAGUAGAGAAAGUAAUUGAGUUGAGUUUUGAGUAUCUAUCUUCUAUCUUUGGUCACUGGAUUGAUUACUUUGAUUAUCUUGCACAAUGGGUAAUGAAUGUGGCAAAUGUUUAUGUGGCAUCUCAUGGGGAUCUUGUAAGGCGUGUUUUUGACAAGGAAAUCGAUAAUCAUCACGAAGAGAAGCUGUUGAUCAGUCAAAUUUGUUGCUCCCACAUGGAGAAGCUUCCAAUUUUGAACUCUUAUGCAGCUGAUUUGUCUAAAAAACAUUGGUUCAGGGAUUAUUUACAUGGCUGGAGGAAGAAAUUUAGCCAUCAGCUGAUAUCAUUUGCAAAGGACUAUGUUGAGAAGCUGGGACAGGUUGAUUGGAUUGGUGGUGUGGGCAACCACAAGGAUGCAUUUCUGCCCUUAUAUGCAAAUCUACUUUGCUUUUAUGCACUCUCAAAAUGCAUAUUCAAUGGGGAAUUCGAGGAUGGUAUGUCUCUUGACUCUCUUCUAUCGGAUGUAGUCGAACUUGGUGAAACUAUCACUCCAUUUUUGAGGAACCCUUUGAUCUCGAACCUGUACGUUUUAGUCGUUAAAUUGCACGAGACAAAGCUCAGUGCCAUUGCUGAGCAUUCCAUCCCUAAAUUCAUUGAUGAUGAUUCAGUCUGGGAUGGUUUUGAUCCGUAUUUUCUUCUUAGAUAAUCACAUUUGUAAGAUGGCCACAUUACCCUCAGAUUCUUUUAGUCUAGUUCAUUAUGUAUGCUGUGCAAAAUUGUGUUGUAAAAGCUAAUACACUAGAGUUUGAGAGUUGUUCUUUUGAGAUUGGUGAGAGUGUUGAUCAACUCAAAAGAGUUUUUUUCCUUGCACAGUACUAUUCUCCCUGAUAAAGAACUUAUUUAUUUUUUGCGUGAA